AUGAAUCAGAUUAUUCCAUAUUGUCGAAGACUCGAUCAAAAUGAAGCACUGGAUGAUUUAUCAAAUGUUUCACAGAGUAAUAUAAACAAUAUCAUUACAUUUGAAGAAUUAUAUAAACAAGGUGUAACAAGUGCACAACUACUUCACUGGUCAGCACCAAUUAAUAUCGCUGAAGAGUAUGAAAUAAACGGUGCCAAUUCAGCAAAGGUUUUUUAUAAUUGUUCAUCACCUUGUAAUGCACCAAUAACGUGUAUUGACUGGCGCAUGAUUUGUGAUGGAAAAUUUGAUUGUAUCAAUGGAAACGAUGAAGAAAAUUGUCAAAUGUUGGAAAUGAAUGAGUGCCCUGAUGACACAUAUCGAUGUCAUUUUGGUGGACAAUGCAUUCCAUUGGCAUUUAUACGAGAUGGACCUAACACCGCUGAUUGUCUUGACGGUACUGACGAGAUGCAGUUGAAUGAGGAAAACACUUAUCGUUUCAGUAGUAACUGCUUUAGGAUACCAACAUUUCGAUGCGAAGAACGUACUGGACCAUACCAACGUUCUUUACCAUGCGGUGUAGAGCAAUCAUGUUCACAUCCAUCACUUUUUCAUUGCCCACUUUCAUUAAAAUGCAUUUCAAAACAUCGUCUGCUUGACGGUAUAUCCGAUUGCUACUUUGGUGAAGAUGAAGCGUUUCAUGCGUGUCAUCUGAACGAUUCACGACGAUUUAUUUGUGAAUCAGAACCAGACAAAUGUUUAUCGCCAAUGUUACUGCAGAAUGGCAACAAAGAUUGUAAAGGUGGUGAAGAUGAAAUGACUGAAAAUCAACAUGAUAUGUUAAAAGGAAUCGUUUCAUUCGGUUUGAUAUGUAAUCGCAAUAAUGAACAAUUAUUAUCAGAAUUUAAUGAUACCGACGAAACGAACUGUGAGUAUUGGCCAUGCAAUAAUAUUUAUACUCAAUGUGAUCAUGUCAAAGAUUGUGCUGACGGUGUUGAUGAAUUAAAUUGUCCCAUUAUAAAAUGCGAAUCACAUGAUGAUGGAAAUAUGCAAUGUCUUUUAAUACUACGAUUAACAACAAGACAACAAGUUCCUCAAGUACCGAAUCAUGUCUACACGCAAUUGGGAUAUUUCCCACCAGAAUUAGCUAUGGUAUCUAAACGAAAUAGUUCCAUGAUUAAAAAAGAAUCAUUAAUCAAUUUACAACCCGACGAUAUAACAAUGUGGUAUUGUAAUCGAGGAAUUCGCAUUCUUUUUAAUGAUCAAAAUACAAAGAAAUGUUUGUGUCCACCAAGUUAUUUCGGCGAUCGAUGUCAAUGGCAAAAUCAACGAAUAAGUUUAACACUGCAGUUAGUGUAUCGUACUGAUACUUACAUUAUGACAGCUUUUCAAGUGGUUGUCAUGCUUAUUGAUGAAGAAAGUCAAAGCGUAUUAUAUCAUGAACAAAUCACGUUUGUACCGAAACGUAAUUGUGGCACAAAAUAUAAUCUUUAUUUACUGUAUCCAAAUCAACCAAAAAAUUCUUCUACUAAUUAUUCGAUACAUAUUGAUUUGCUUGAUAAAUUGACAUUAAGCUAUUUGGGAAAAUGGCAUCUUUCUAUUCCAUUUCAAUUUCUACCAGUUAAUCGAAUUGCUGCUCAACUAUUUAUUCCAAAUUCAAAAGUAAUUUCGAAAUCAUGUCCUUUAUUUUGCGGCAAACAUGGUCGAUGUGUACAAUACAUGAAUGGAAACUUCUCAUACUUCUGUCAAUGUGAUGAAGGAUAUUCGGGUUCACAAUGUAACAUUCAACACAAUUGUUCUUGUUCACUGGAUUCAUAUUGUCUUAGCUCGUCAAUUUGUGUUUGUCCACUACACAAAUUCGGUUCAAUGUGUUAUUUAAAAAAUUCAAUUUGUCAAAUCCCUAAUAAUCCGUGUCAAAAUAACGGAAUCUGCAUACCUCAUGAUGAUCGUAUGGGUUUGAAGAGUUUUACAUGUUUGUGUGCGGAAAAUUUCUUCGGAACAAGAUGUGAAAAUUUCAAAAAUCGAAUUGAUAUUACAUUUAAUGAUGAAAAUAUUGGUAUGAUGCCAAUUAUUUGGGUACAUUUUAUUACUUCAAUUGAAAAUGGUGGUCAUCGACGUAAUACAUUAUUAAAAAAGAUAAAAUUUGCACAAAAUCUAAUUAGUGCUUUUACGACCGAUCCAUUUCAUGCUAUUUUUAUUGAAUUAACUAAUCGGACCUAUUAUUUAGUUGUAUUAAGGGAAAGAUUUAUCGAAUCGGAAUAUAUUCAAACGAGAAUCUUAUCGAAUUACCGAUGUGCAUCUAUAUACGAACUAAUGAAUAGUACAUUUUCAAAUUAUUAUUUACUUCGUCGUAUUAAAUAUUAUCCUUAUUUAUGUCAACAAAAAGAACAAAUGAAGUGUUUCUAUGAUGAAAUAUACAUGUGUAUAUGUGAUGUUAAUCGAUUUUCCAAUUGUUUUACAUUCAAUCAUACUAUAUCACAUGAUUGUCAAGGAGAAAAUAUUUGCGAAAACAAUGGCCUAUGCUUUCAAGAUACUCUUAAAUGUCCUCUUUUAUCGAUUUGUGUAUGUCCCGCAUGUUACUAUGGUACAAAAUGUCAGUUUUCUACAAGAGGUUUUGCAUUAUCCCUUGAUUAUAUUCUCGGUAAUAAUAUUAAACCAAAUAUUUCAAUUCAUCGACAGCCAUUCAUUAUUAAAAUAAGUAUUGCCAUUGUAGUAGUUAUGUUUAUUUUAGGACUAAUCAAUGGAAUCACAUCUAUUGUAACAUUUCAAAGCAAAAAAAUAAGAAAAAAUGGUUGUAGUAUCUAUCUACUUGUUUCAUCAUGGAAUUCCUUGUGUCUAAGUAUUGUAUUGAUAAUCAAAUUUUGGCAAUUACUUUUAUCACAAAUUUCAAUUAUUAGCGAUCGUUUAUUCCUUACAUGGAAUUGUAUAUUAUUAGAUAUGACUCUCAAAGUUCUUGUAGCAUCAAAUGAUUGGUUUUAUGCUUGUAUUGCCCUCGAACGAGUAUUUACCGUUAUCCAAGGUGUUAAUUUCAAUCAACUUAAAAGCAAGAAAGUAGCUAAAUGGGUUUUUUCAUGUAUAUAUCUGGUAACAAUUCUUACUCAUAUUCAAGAUCCUUUUCAUCGUCGUUUGAUUGAUGAUAUUGACGUUGAUGAACAACGAACUUGGUGUAUAGCUCAAUAUUCUUAUGCAUUAAAUAUUUUCAAUAUGUUAAUUGCACUUUUUCAUUUUGUUGUUCCUUUCUCAGUGAAUAUAAUUUCUACCAUAUUAACAAUUAAGCACAUAGCUCUCUCUCGUUGGCAAACUCAAGCUGCAAUACCAUUCGUCGUACAUCUACGACGACAUUUUAAUCACCACAGACAUCAUCUAUUCGCAUCAUGUGCAUUAAUAUUAUUGGCUUUACCUCGUCUCAUCAUAUCAUUUAUCAGUGGAUGUAUGAAAUCGCCAAGAAACCCAUGGUUAUAUCUCUUUGGUUAUUUUAUUUCUUUUACUCCAUCCAUGGUUACAUUUAUUGUAUUUAUAUUACCAUCAGAGCAAUACAAAAAUGAAUUUACGGCCGCUAUUCAACAUAUUAUUCAACGAUUUCGCACGUGCUUUGGCAUAAGAAAUCAUAAUAAUAAUUAG